CAGUGAUUGGCGGUGAUCAGCUGAUGACAUACCCCGGUGUCUCAAUGUGCAUUUAGCGCAGUGCGAUCCGGGAAAUGAUCCGUCUUGCCACUGGUAUGAUUAAACAGUUAGUCAGUUGCUCUGUUUCAUCGGCAAACAAAGGAGCCACCACAAACUGUACGUGAACAAAUAGACUAUCUAGCCGAAGAUAUCACCUCGUCUCUAGUCGUGUUGUUUUUCAGUCUCUCUAGAAACGACUGUGCGGUCCUCUUUUGAGCUGUAUCUCACCGGUGGGUCUUGUUGUAGUUAUCUCCUGUGUUUUAUGAGCAAGUUUCACGAGGCACAUUUGUGAAAAAAGGACACCAGACAAAGAGAUGGAGGGUAACUUGCAUUCUGAUCUGAGUACCCAGGUAUCUUCAGCCAAGAUGUAUUCCUUGACAACGCAACAUCCAGUCUACCAAGGGGAGAAUAACACUGACUACUGGGAUAACUCCUCAUCGGACGCUAUCUCAAACGCAACCGAAAACAUACAAAGUGUGUUGUUUCAGAGAUUCCUGGCCCCCUUGAUUUUCGGUUGUAUAUCCAUUGUCGGAAUCGUUGCCAACGGUUUGGUGAUCAUUGUUCUGCUAAAGUACGCCAACAUGCGCACCAUACCAAACGUGUAUAUCCUGAGCCUAGCCCUGAUGGAUUUUAUGUUCGUACUUAGUCUCCCGAUGGUGGGGUACCAGUUCUGUACCAAUAACUGGCCGUUCGGUUACUUCAUGUGUAAACUAGUGCCUGGUAUUGAUGGAUUUAACCAAUUCGGGUCCGUAAAUAUAAUGACAAUGAUGAGCGCUGACCGUUACGUUGCGGUAGUCUACCCCCUCUCAUCGAUGCGGUAUCGCACCAAGAAGACAGCCCGCAUUGUUUGCGGAGUGGUUUUCCUCAUUUCGUUCAUCCUGUGUACUCCGUCUUGGUAUUUCAUGGAACUUAAAGAUGGGGGUUACGGAUUGACAUACUGCAUUGCUAAAGGACCGAGCUGGGAUAAGGAAGGAACCUUAUACACAUUGUAUUACGCCUGUUUCGGAUUUUUGAUUCCCCUCGCCAUCAUCAUAGUGUGCUAUUCUACUCUACUCUUUAAGAUCCUCGGGAGUAAACUCCGAAUUCGCUCCGAUGGGACCGGCACAGCUCAGCGGGCCUCCAAGCGUGUCUUCAUCCUCACCGUAUCAGUCAUCGUUGUGUUCGUAGUGUGCUGGCUGCCGUAUAACGUCGUACAACUCUUUCAUCAGUUCACCACGGCUGAGGUAUCUCACGCGUUCUCGAUUGCUUACGCUGUGAGCUCUCUAUGGUGUUACACUAACAGUUGUUUCAAUCCGAUCGUCUACACCUUUAUAGGGGAGAACUUUAAGAAGAAUGUCAUGCAUCUUUGUCCGUUCUGUACAUCGCCCGACGAUACCAAACUGGACAGGUAUCGCUCCAACCGGGAGAGCAGCACUUACAUCCGAGGUGGGACACUUCGUCUUCAUUCCGUUCAGCACGAGGCACCGGCCAGCCCACCCGCAAUGGCCACCAAUGCAACGGCUAUCACCGACGCCACAUCGUUCACAGAGGCACCGGCAAAUACCCAGACCUACACGUUUUCAAAUAAUAACACGCACAAUUCGUGCGGGAAAGAGUGAAAAGGGGAAUUGAUAAGUUGUCAGUGAUAACACUUUACCAUGCCAGUUGCUGGGUACUUUUUGGCAAAGUGUGGGUUGACCAAUCACCUUAAAAGAUCAAAACUUGUUGGACACAAUCGUACACAAAGCGAGCGAAUUGUUUGUACUACCAAUAUAUCAUGCGGUUAGCGGCCAUCGUGUUCCCUGUGAACUACUUCACUGUCUGCUACCCGUAUUGAAUGCUCUUAGUUUCGAUGAGCUUCGUUAGUUGAUAUCUAGAGUAAUAAUUAGCGUCAAAUGGUGUCUCAAAUCAUAGUUAUUUGAUAGUUGUUCAUCUUUACAUCCAUUGGCUAUUUGUUUACACCUGUUGUGCGUAUUUAGUUUUCAUAAUGACAAUUCAAAAUUUGAAUAAUCAUGUAAUAAUGUAUUAUACUAAACUCAUAAAGUAUCUGUAUAAUAUUAGUGAUCUUGGAUUUGAUCGAAAGCGUAGUUUUCCUACAAAGUUAUUGUACAUACUUUGCACUUUAGAAGAAAAAUACUGCACUAGUGUCAUGUUUAGUGAACGUGCUUCAUCCAAACUUGAAGUGUGAAAAAUCCAAGGGGUCGAUGUAUUCCCAAUCGAUCUUAGGGGGAAGGACCAAUAACCUUUUAGCGGGCAGGAUUUGUUUUUAAAACAUCAACAACCUCGAUGUGUUAUCAAAAUACGUUUCGUUGGCAUGGUUUAAAAUACCCUGUGACAGCUGUUGAACCAAGGAUCAAGCACUGUUUUGUUAUUUUAUUUUAUUUUAUUUUG